AUGGAGCUCGCUUACUGGGCUGGCAUCCGCGGCCUGGCGUACCCUAUCCAGCUCUUCCUGGAGUCGCACGGCAUAGAGUACAACACCUGGACUGUCGACAAGCGCGAGGGCAGGAUCAACUUGAAGGAGAUCCCAUUCCAGUGCUUGCCGGUGUUGAAGGUCAAGGAUGAGGAGAGCGGCGAGACGGUGGCGCUGGGAGAGACGCAUGCGAUCUUGCGCUAUCUCGAGGCGAAGUACGGACCGCAGCAACAGCUCUCGCUAGUCACUCAAGCCCGCGUCGACGCCCUCUUCUCGCACGCCGAAUUCUUCAUCGAGCGUACCUUCUACCGCUCCGCCUCUCGCACCUGGCUCGAGCCUCCGGAGCGCGACGAGGCCAUUGCCGAAGUCUACAUGCCGUUCCUGCGGAGCAUGGAGAACGCGUUGCAGGACAAGAAGGUCGUCGAGGCGCUUUGGCACAAGUCCGAGGGACAGAACGGCGCACGCUUGCCCAGCGCAGCAGCGUGCUUCGUCGCCUCAGCAUUCACGAUGUUGACGGACAUCAUGCCGUACUCGCUCGCGCGGUCGUCGACCUUGAAGAGCAAGACGGACGGAGCGGUCAAGACGCUAGCCAGCCAGUUUCCGGCGUGCGACAAGCUGGUCACCGACGUCGAGGCGUGUCCGGGGGUGAAGGAGUGGCUUGGAGGCGUCACGGACGAAUGGAGUCUGUCGCCGCCGUUCGCGGCGCAGUUAGUUCGCGAGGCGGCGGAGCGGUGGGACAGAACUCGCGCCGGGCAGUAG